ACUUUCAUCAGUCGUCGCCCUUUCCUCGCCCACUCCAUCUGAACCAGUGCCAAAACCACGAGCCCUCACAAAACCAGAGCAGGCCGCUGCUACGCCGCCGCGCCAUGGCUUCGCCGUCGCCCUCCUCGCCCCUCCACCCGCACCAGCACCAGCAUCAGCACCCGCUUCCUCCGAAUGCUCACCCCCAAUUCCAAGCUCCGCCGCCUUCGAUGCCGCCGCCACCGCCACCGGCGCCGCCCAAGGCGCUCGACCUGGAGGUUACAGUCAUCUCCGGGAAGCACCUGAAGAACGUCAACUGGCGACGCGGCGACCUCCGUGCCUACGUCGUUGCCUACCUCGACCCCUCCCGCCGAGCCGCCACCCGCCCCGACGACGCCGGCGGGUGCAAGCCAGUCUGGAACGAGCGCCUCGUUCUCCCGCUCCCGCCCCACCUCUCCCCGCACGAUCCCUCCAUCCUCCUGUCCCUCGACGUCUUCCACUCCAAGCCCUCCGACUCCCCCAAGCCGCUCGUCGGAUCCGCCCGCUCGCCACUCCGCGACCUCCUCUUCCCCACAAACCCUAACCCUAGCCACGAUUCCGCGGCCUCCGCUCUCGUCAGCCUCCCGCUCCUCCGCCCUUCCGGGCGUCCACAGGGAAAGCUCCGCAUCCGCGUCGCCAUCCGCGAGCGCCAGCCGCCGCCUCCUCCUGAGCCGCAGUACCCGCCGCCUUCCAGCUCCCCAUACUACUUUCCACCGCCUCCCGCCUUCUCGGUCCCGCCGCAGUACGGAUCCGAGCAGUAUUACCGCCCCAGUGGGUACUACUCUGCACCACCACCUCCACCUCCACCUCAGUAUGAGUACACCGGGGGACCCUCCGCACCAGUGGACUACAGCAGGCAGUACGAGCAGAGAGGGAGGACCGGGGGCGGUGGGAGUGAGAGUGGAAGGUAUGGACUAGGCACUGGACUUGCGGUGGGUGCUGUGGCUGGAACCCUCGGGGGGCUAGCUAUCGAUGAAGGGGUGAAGUACAAGGAGGAGAAGGCUGCAGAGCGGGUGGAAGAGAAGGUGGUACCUGCUGGGAGGGAUGGUUACAAAGAGUAUCGUGACGACUAUUGAACGGGAGUUUGUGUGGGAGUGGAAUUGAGGAUGCACUGUGAGUUGGUUCUUCUUCCCUACCUGUGGGAAUAGUGUCACAGUGUUAGUUUACGAUUUGCUCCAUAUAUAUAUAUAUAUAUAUUUGUGCAUGUUGUGGAUCGUUUUGAUGCCUAUGAAGUAAAAUGUAUGACAUAUUUGGUUUGUGCCAUGAAGGUUUAAUGUUUUACUUUGAUGGUGUACUUGUGUCUUGUUUUUGGGUCUUAUCUUUUUCUGCAAUUGUACUAUCUGUUUUUCCUUGUAUCUGGUAUGUUGAAAUUGUUGUAUACAGUAUACUCAUCAAUAAUAAUUAUACUGCUCUGCUUUCCUUGUA